AUGCAAAACUGGCCAAGCAGGCGCAAAAAACACGCCGAGUACCUGCUAAAACAGAAUAAAAUGGAGCACAGCACGAAUCGUGACUAUGGUGAAAAUAUCGCCCUCAAGGGGGGCACUCCCGGAUUCCAGUUUACAGGCCACUUCACCCAACUAGUUUGGUCAGACACAAAGCGGGCGGGUUUUGGAGUGGCCAAAUCGGCUAAAGGUGAUAAAGUUAUCAUUGUGGGACAAUACAAACCGCCUGGUAAUUACAUGGGAGAGUUCAAGGCCAAGGUGCCACGUCCUACCAGUGGCAAAGUGAAGGUGCCCGACGUCUCCGAAUUGGCCGCCAAGUGA